UUGUUUUCGGGAUCUGUUUCUGGGCGAUAUUCGUGCUGGUGAUUUAGGUGUUUUUCGCCUAUCCCGUCAUCCGUCAUUGCCCUCCAUGGACAUAUUCGUCGACGAAACGCAGAAAAAUCGACGAUAUGAAAAGGUUUGUUAUCUCGGUGAGGGUCAGUUUGCCAACGUUUUUCUUGCACGUGACUUGCAAAGAGGUGGCUGUCUCGUUGCAAUUAAAAAGGUUAAGGCCGGUCCACGGUGGGUCCUUGCAGAUGGCAUGAAUCUCUCUGCUAUAAGGGAAGUGAAACUCCUUCGAGAAAUCGAGCAUCCUAAUAUAAUGGGCCUCCAGGACGUUUUUAGUCAGGAUUUUGGCAUCUGUUUGGUUUUCGAGUUCAUGGAGUCCGAUCUGGAAGCUGUAAUUCAAGACGCCAGCAUCGUGCUCACUCCGGCCAACAUCAAAUCAUUAAGUCUUCAGUUGUUGAAAGGAGUUGAGUACUUGCAUGCCCAAUGGAUUCUUCACCGCGACUUGAAGCCAAACAACCUUUUCCUCAGUCCACAGGGGGUUGUAAAAAUUGGUGACUUCGGUCUAGCCCGUCACUUCGCGGCGUCACCGAGCAGACCUAUGACUCAUCAAGUAGCCACCCGUUGGUACCGUGCCCCUGAACUUUUUUACGGAUGCACCCAAUAUGGGGUGGGCAUCGAUUUGUGGGCGGUUGGUUGCAUCAUUGCUGAGUUUUUGCUUCGUGUGCCCCUCUUCCCUGCCGAUUGUGAUCUUUCUCAACUCGCCAAAAUUUUUGAGGUCACUGGCACUCCUGACGCGACUGUGUGGCCCGACGUGGCGCGUCUUCAAACCUACUUGACAUUCGAACCACGCCCACCAGUGCCGUUUUCGCAGAUUUUCACCGCAGCGGGUGACGACUUGAUCGCUCUGCUUUACACGCUCCUUUCCUUGGACCCCGACCAGCGAGGCACAGCUACGUCGGCCCUCGCUUCGCCCUACUUCAAAAACCGCCCACUGCCCACUCCCGAGUCACAGCUUCCUAGACCGAAAUUAAGCCACUCAGUUGCGGGCACUUUGCAACAGCACCAGCACCAACGCCAAGUUGUAGCACCGUUAGAUCCCGUCGCUCUUUUAGACGCUGACGACCUUCCACCAACCCCUCCUAUGAAGCGUGCCAGGGCGGUCUAA